AUGAUUAAAAAGUGUAAGUAUUUGUUUAUUUGUGGUGCAAUAGCAUCAGGUAUAGGAAAAGGUACAAUAAACAGCAGUAUCGGAAUGUUAUUGAAAGAGUAUGGUUAUAAGGUUUCCUUUUUGAAAAUUGAUCCAUAUUUAGUAAGAUUAAUGAAUAAAGUAGAAUAUUGAUGCUGGAACAAUGAAUCCAUAUGAGCAUGGGGAAGUAUUUGUAACAGGAGAUGGGUAAGGUUUUUAAGAAUAACAUUAGAGGAGAAGUUGAUUUAGAUAUUGGAAAUUAUGAAAGAUUUUUGGAUAUUGAAUUAUCUUUUUACCAUAGUUUAACAACUGGGAAAUUAUAUUAAAAAAUAUUACAGUAAUAAAAAUAAGUAAGAAUAAUAGAAAGGAAAGAGAAGGACAUUAUUUGGGUAAAACAGUAUAAGUAAUUCCUCAUGUGGUUGAUGAAAUAAAGAGUUGGAUUAGAAACUUAACGACUGUACCAUUGAAACAAAAUACAAAUGAGAAACCAGAAAUUUUAUUGGUAGAAGUAGGAGGAACAGUUGGAGAUCUGGAAUCAACAUGCUAUUAUGAAGCAGUUCGAUAAAUGAUAAAUGAAGAAGGUAAGGAAAAUGUUGGUUUGGUAAUAUGAUAUUAAAGUAUAUUGUAGAUUAUGCUUACAUAUAUUUUAACAUUAAAUAAUGAAUAGAAAACGAAACCUGCUUAGAAUGGUAUUAAGGAUCUUAGAUACACAGGAUUGAUAGCUGAUUUCAUAAUAUGUAGAUCAGAAACUGAAUUAUAAAUUCCAUAAAGAGAUAAACUUGCCAUGUUUGGAAAUAUUUCUAAGGAUUCUAUAUUUUCUGUUCCUAAUUCUUAACAUAUAUAUGAUGUUCCUGAAGUUUUAUAAAAAUAAAAGCUAGCUGAACGUAUUUUAUAAAAAUUCAAUUUGCCACAUUAAUAAAUUCCAAAAAUUCAAUAAUAUACAUAAUUUGGACAAUAUCUGAGUGAUCUAGAAUAAUAAAAGCCAGUUAAGAUUGGUAUAAUGGGAAAAUAUAUGAAAAAUUUGGAUGCAUAUAUGUCUUUAAUAAAAGCAUUAAAGGAAGCCAGUUAUGCUAUUAAAGUAAACUUAUAAUUAACAUAUGUUGAUCUUAUUGAAUUUUCAAAAUAAUAAAAUGGAGAGGAAGAACUUGAAAAAUAAUGUUAAUAAUUUGAUGCUAUACUUGUUCCUGGGGGAUUUGGAUAUAAUGGUUUUAACCUUAAAAUAAAGUGUUGUUAAUUUGCUAGAGAAAAUAAGAAACCAUUUUUAGGAAUUUGUUAUGGUUUUCAAGCAGCAGUGAUAGAAUAUGCAAGAAAUGUUUUAGGAGUAAAGGAUGCUACAACAGAAGAAUUAAAAGAUGAAUAAAUUGGAUCUAAUUAUGUUGUAUUUAUGCCAGAAAUCAAUCCAUAAUUAUUUGGAGGGAAUAUGAGAUUAGGAAAUCAUUAUACUUUAAUUGAGUAAGAUAUUCAAAUUACUUUAGAAACAAAGAUAGUAUUGCAUAUUAAAUAUAUGAUUCUGAAGUUGUAGAGGAAAGACAUAGACAUCGAUAUGAAGUAAAUCCGUAAUAGAUUUAAAAUCUAACUGAAAAUGGAUUAAUAUUCUCAGGAAAAGAUAAAAAAACUGGGUAACGAAUGGAAGUAUUUUUUUAUUUAUUAUUAUAAGAUUUUAGAAUUACCAAAUAAUUUACAUCCUUUUUAUGUAGGAGUAUAAUAUCAUCCAGAAUUUACAUCUAAAAAUUUUAAACCUAAUCCUCUAUUUGUUAGUUUUGUAUCUGCUGCUGCAAAUGGAGAAUUUAGAAAAUCAAAAAUCGAUAUCAAUUAUAAUAAUAAGUAAAAUUGA